AUGCCGUGGGCGACUCCCGAGCAGCUCGCCUACAUGAACACGAUGGUUCUACAGUACCACGGCACGGUGAAGGGGACUCCUGAGCGUAGGAAGUUCAACGCAGAGCUUCGUGAGGGUUGGUCGCGGCAGUGGCCUUUGCUAGAGCAGCAUACCAAUAUGUUCUCCUCGUAUUUCCGCGAGGAACUGAUAAGACGGGGCCUCAUCCCUAGGCGCACCCGCAAGCCAACACCCAAGAAGCGCAAGAAGCGCAAGUCUGCAAUGCCGAAUCCCCCAGAUCCUCCUGCUCGUUCUCCUGUUGCUUCAACAGAGUCCAUCACGAUUUAUCACCGCCGCCUAGUGCCACACGCAUCCCCCAGCCGACCUUCUUCACAACACUCGCCAACGCCAGGCCCAUCUCGCGCCCGCCGCCAUUCGCCAACGCCAGGCCCAUCUCGUGCCUGCCGCCAUUCGCCAACGCCAGGCCCAUCUCGUGCCCGCCGCCAUUCGCCAACGCCAGGCCCAUCUCGUGCCCGCCGCCAUUCGCCAACGCCAGUUCCAUCCCCCCUCCCACCUUCUUCACAUCACACGCCAACACCAGGCCUGUCUGAUCCUUUUGACCACACACCAACACCUGCUCAAUCCCGCCUCCGACUUCAAUCGCCAACCCCACCCGUUCCGUACACUCUGCCAUCUCCCGCAUCCUCGCAUCACUCGACAUCGCCAUCUCCUUUCCGCGUCUGGACAGAGUGCGUUCCAUCGUCUCAGUCCCCGUCUCCGCGCCCCCUGCACAUGCCCCCAAAAGCAGGGGAUGUUCCUGUUUCCCCGCCCGCCAAAAUCCUUCAAAAGGAGCUCGGCAAGUGCCUCGCAUUCCAUUUGGAGUUGCCGGGCGUCACUCGCAACGACAUCGACCUCAUUAUCCAAGGCCAACGGAUUUCGGUGGUCGCGCAAACGAACGAGGUCUCAUACAAGUGGUCAACAGACGUGGGGGGCCAAGUAAUUCCCGAAAGCGUCAGAUCUGGGUUCGCCGACGGUGUUCUGCGCAUCAUCGUGAACGUCACUGGCGACGUGAAGGUCACCAACGCGUGGCGCACCUUCCACAUCUCUAGUACAUGUCCAUCAUGGUAG